ACACCUCCUAAUUGCCGACCAGAGUGUACAAUCAAUCCAGACUGUCCAAGCAACCUUGCUUGUAUGAGAGAGAAGUGUAGAGACCCCUGUCCAGGAUCUUGUGGUGCUGGAGCCCAGUGCAAUGUCAUCAACCACACUCCUGUCUGCACAUGUCCUGAGGGAUUCACUGGAGAUCCCUUUACAAAUUGCUUUCCUAAGCCUCCACCACCAACUGAACCACCAAGGGCAGAUCCAUGCAACCCAUCUCCCUGUGGCCCCAAUGCCCAGUGUGCUGAUGGAGUCUGCACCUGUCUACCGGAAUAUCAAGGAGAUCCUUACUCAGGGUGUAGGCCAGAGUGUGUCAUCAACACUGACUGUCCAAGAGACCGAGCCUGUAUCCGCAACAAGUGUCAGGACCCUUGUCCUGGAACUUGUGGUCAGGGAGCUCAAUGCGAUGUCAUCAACCAUAUUCCUAUCUGCAGCUGUCCUCAAGGAAUGUCUGGCAAUCCUUUCGUCCAAUGUCAACCCAUGCAAGCUCCACCAGUGACACAGCCUUGUAAUCCGUCUCCUUGUGGACCAUUCAGCCAGUGCAGAGAAGUGAAUGGCCAAGCUGUGUGCUCUUGUGUGCCUGGCUACAUCGGAAGUCCUCCAGCCUGCAGACCUGAGUGUGUGGUCAACUC